UUGUUUCUUUUAGGUUCCACAUGUGUAAUUUUAGUUCCUGAAUUGCUCCAUCUUUUUCAUUAUUUGAUUCCAGUUUUUUUGUUAUUUUUAGGUAGCAUUAGUACUGAUAAAAUGCCUACAGAGAUUGAGAAGGUUUUACCCCCUCCUAGGCCCGAUCCCUGUAUCUCUCAGGAGGGAACCUUUCAUUCCCAAUAUAAAGUAUUGAAGACUAUUGGAAAAGGAAGCCAUGCCAAGGUCCUCCUGGCCUACCACCAGCUCACAGGAUCCCCGGUGGCAGUCAAAGUUCUCCGAAAGGACAAGCAGUGGUUCCAGCCAGCCAUGACAGAAGCAAACAUAAUGAGAAAGAUCAACCACCCCAACAUUGUUUCUCUCUUACAAGUCAUUGAAAACAAAACUAGAAUAUACCUCAUAAUGGAGCUGGUGGAAGGCCAACAACUCUACCAGUACAUCAGAGAGUCAGGGCACAUAGAGGAGGAUGAGGCUCGGCAAAUAUUUGAACAGAUAUUAUCAGCAGUGAGCUACUGCCAUGGAAAGGGGAUUGUUCACCGAGACCUGAAACUGGACAAUAUAAUGAUCGAUAUAAACAAAAAGGUCAAAGUCAUCGACUUUGGGCUGAGCACCAAAACACAACCUGGACAUAUGCUAAACCAGCACUGCGGUGCGUACUCUUUUGGUUCCCCGGAACUCUUCCUUGGACUUCUGUAUGACGGGAUGAAGAAUGACAUGUGGACAAUAGGAGUGGUCUUGUAUUAUAUGGUAGUGGGAAAGCUUCCAUUUGAUUCAGUGAUCAUCCAAGAAUUACAAAUACAAGUUGUUGCAGGGGUGUAUCCUACCCCCUGUGGGGUUUCAGAAGAACUGGAGAACCUCCUUAGUCAAUUACUAACAGUAAAUCCAAUGUAUAGACCAACAGACAGUGAGGUGAUGAAAUACGCCUGGUUCAAAGAACAUGGGAAGGGGUUCACAGGUCGUCAUGAAGAACUGCUUCCCCUCAGGACAGACCCUGAAAUUUUGGGUGCGAUGAAAUGCAUGGGAUUUCAAGCCUCUGUAAUAAAAUACUCCCUAAUAAAAAGAAAAUAUAAUGAGGAAAUGGCAACUUAUUGCUUCCUACAACAGCAGGCUCUCCCCGGGUAUGGCUGCACAGCCCAGGCACAGCAAGUGCCUCCCGUUACAGUCCCAUUCCCUAGCCUUGAUACUGCUGCUGCUUUUAGAUUAGAACCAAAGGGGAGUGAAAGCCUGCCAGUCCUUGGCACCUUGCGGGUGUCAUCCUCCCACGGUCAAGUAUCUCACUAUGGCCAGAAGGGUCAUCCAAAAGCAGGCAAAAGAACCACUGUGGCUGGUCAUCUCAGGCCACUACCGAUGACACCUACACAGGACCUCUAUCACAAAUGUGCCAUGAGUGUCCCAUGCAUUCAAACAAGCAUCUUCAGUGAGAAGAGUAGCAAUGAGGAAAUCAAAGAAGACAACUCACUGUCCUACAGAGCCCCAUUAGAGGAUAAGCCCAUCCCCAGCAGGGUACGGCACAGAGGUUUUAAGGUGUGGACCAUGAAUAUAGCAAAUGCCCUGAUUAAUCUUUGUUACUCGUUGCCAAAGAGAAAGAAACCUCGCCUGGGGCAGAACAGCAUCUCACCCGAGAAAUGAGCCACAGGGAGAGUCCAGAGAACAAGCAGCAGGCAUAGCCCAGGUACCUUUGUGCUUUGUCCUUUCCAGUUUGCUCUAUGCUCCUCCUUCCUCUUGUCUCUGGUUUCCAUUUUCCCCACAAUUCUUACCUUGUAUCUUCUCUAAGUUCUUUAUGAGGUUUCCCCAACACCAAGCCUCCUGCCUCUUCUUGAUUUCUCCUAUUUCCAGCAGGGACCCAAUAGGAUUGAUGAGUUCCCCUCUCUACAGAGUUGUCUUUCUGACCCAUCCCUUCGGAUGGACUCCAUCCCACCCUUUGGCCAAUAGCUCCCACAGGGUGAG